AUGCCGACCACGGAAGUGACGCUGGUCCUAAGUGACUGGACCAAGGGCAACAAUGGGAAGAAGUUUGAGCUACCCCAUAUACAGAUGACCUCGCCUAUAAUUGAAGUGAAAAAGUCUGUAAUUCAAGCUUUGGAUGCCUCUGACUUGAAGCCAGAGUCCAUACUACUGUUCAUCGGUUCUCUCGUUUUACGGGACGACAAACUACUCAAGGAUUACAACAAGUCUGGCAGGUCAAAGCUAUCGGUAGAUGUGUACGAACGUGUGGAUCUAAAUCUCAAGGUUAAAACUCUCCAGAACUGUGGAGCCGGAGCUUGCGUCUGCAUUCCGAUCUGGUCUUUCCUUUGUCGCCAGACAAUAAAUGUGACCAUCGCCUCCCAUGAAACAGUGGGCGACCUUAAACAAAGAGUUGCCGAGGAACUAGACGACCCGGACAGGUAUAGCGCGGAUAAGAUCAGGCUCACAUUUAACAACAACAUGUUGUUUGACGACUCACAAGUCCUGAAGGACGCGGGGAUGAAGAACAAUAGUACCGUAACCAUACUCGUUGAUUGCUGUUACUGGGCAAAACCGCGCAAGCAGGCCAACCAGCCGGCUGGAGAUGCCCCCCCGAAGGAAGAGAAAGAAGCAGAAGGCGAACAAGAACAGGCUGCAGUCGAAGGCUCCGCAGCAGAUCCGUCAGUAGAGCAAGUUCAGGGGUCGGUGGAAGGUAAUGGGGAUGAUCCCCAGAAUAACACAGAGCAAGAAGCCGAGUCGAAGCCCGCACAGGCUUCAGAGUGA